GUUUUAAUGAUAGUUUUAGUAAUUUUAUGCAGUUGGCCUUGGCCACCAGCACUUUUGUUUUAUUCCACAAACAUGAAUCUCCCUAGUGUUAUUAUCAUUACAAAGUAUUGACUGUUGAAACAGGUUUACAUUCCAAACAUUUUGCCUCUGAGAUGAGGAGGUCAUUUCCAAGAAAUAGCAUUGCAUGAUUCCCAAAUUAUGCAAAGCUUCCUUCUAUGCUGUCAAGGACUUUAGCCAUUAGAAUUAAAUAUUCUCCUCUGUUCCUUCGACUUCAGUCUUCUAUGUAAAUAUGUUAGCUAAUAAAGGGUCUGUUUGUUAAACAAUGCUUCGGUAUUACCUUGGAGGGAUAUGCUAAUGAGCUCUGAUGUCUUGAUGUGAAAUUUGAAAUGUAGUUGUGAAAAUGUAUAAUGUCACAGCUAAGCCCCUCCCACCCCCUAUAGCCAGUGCUCAUUUCUUGUAACAAGACAUCUUAUUUGACUAUAACCAGUGUAGAACACUAGAAAUAUCACACAUAUCUACAACAUGCAAUUAAAAUUUAGCCUAGAUAAAGUAAUACUUGGAAUAGUAUCAGUGAUGAUAAUAACAAUCUAGUCUUUAAAGGUCCAGAGCUCCUUAGAUGAUAGAUGACUUGCCUGUCUGGGAUAAACAUUACACUGCCAACUGGUCACUUAUUUACCAGCCCACAGUUUUUUUCUUGUCUAAAAACUGCCUCUGAGUCACAAAAAGCUCUACGUCUUUGUUUAUGAUGCCUGGGAGUGUUUCCUGGAUAAGUAGCAGCCUGGUCUGCAUAUUGUAGAUUGUUACAGGUUUCUGAGCAACACACAUUACUGUUGAGACAAAGGCUUGGAAGAGCAUAAUGUUUCUCAGGUGUCAGAUUUAGCAUGUGUUGAUAUUGGCUUGGACAGAAUCAGAAACAUGAAUUUGACCAGUGAUGGUGAGACCUGUUGGACUUGCUCGGGAUAGAGAAUCUGCCUAAAUUGUCUGGACCAUUCUUACAGACUGUGUCUCUGGAGUGGAAGAGUCCAGCUGCUAUGAGGCAGCAGUUGGAGCUAGAUCAAGGUGGCAUGGCAAAAGAUCUGGCCAAAAACAGAAAGGUUGUCAUGCCAAGUUGGACUGAAGAUGAAGAAAUAAAGUCUUACAGCAGGAAUAAGGUCCGGACAACCAAGUACACCUUUCUAUCCUUCAUCCCCAAGAAUCUUUUUGAGCAACUUCAUCGUUUUGCCAAUGUAUACUUCAUCUUUUUGGGGGCGUUGAACUUUGUGCCUAUUGUAAAUGCGUUCCAGCCAGAGAUCUCGAUCAUUCCUAUUAUCUUCGUGAUGUCCAUAACUGCUGUUAAAGACCUUUGGGAGGACCAACGCCGGAGGAAGUCUGACCAAGAGGUCAAUAACCGUUUAUGUGAGGUCUUUGACAGGAAGCAGAAGCGGUAUGUGGAGCGGCGUUGGGCAGAGGUGUGUGUCGGUGAUCUGAUCCGUCUCUGCUGUAAUGAGAUCAUUCCUGCUGACAUGGUGCUGCUGCACUCAUCUGAUCCUAAUGGAGUGUGUCACAUCGAGACGGCCAACCUGGAUGGAGAAACCAACCUCAAGCAAAGGCAGGUGGUCCGUGACCUGCCACAGCAGGGAUCUGAGUUUGUUCCAGAAAACUACAGCAGUCGCAUUGAGUGUGAAAAUCCCAAUAAUGACUUGAGACGGUUCAGAGCUUUCAUGGAGCAUUCUGGUAAAGUGCGGGUUGGACUCCACAGUGAAAACCUGCUCCUGAGGAGCUGCACUGUGAGGAACACAGAGACUGUGAUUGGCAUUGUGGUCUAUGCAGGUCAUGAGACAAAAGCAAUGCAGAAUAACAGUGGGCCGCGCUAUAAACGAAGUCAACUGGAGUGCAGACUCAACAUGGACGUCCUCUGGUGUGUCGUUUUACUGCUUCUCAUGUGUUUUAUUGCUGCUGUUGGUCAUGGUUUUUGGUUGAGUGAACUAUAUAAUCCCAUUUUCAUGAUCCCUGAUGACACACACCCUGCGCUCGCUGCCUUUUACAUGUUCUGGACGAUGAUCAUUGUUCUGCAGGUGCUGAUUCCCAUUUCCCUCUAUGUGUCGAUAGAGAUUGUGAAGCUGGGACAGAUUUAUUUUAUUCAGAAUGAUUUAGAUCUGUAUAACCCAGUACUAGACACAGGAGUGCAGUGCAGAGCAUUGAACAUCACAGAAGAUCUUGGACAGAUCCAGUACCUGUUCUCUGACAAGACGGGAACCCUCACAGAGAACCGCAUGCUGUUCCGCCGGUGCACUGUUGCAGGAACCGAGUACCCUCACCAUGAGAACGGUGUUUCUCUGGAACAGUAUGAGGAGCAGGGCUGCGGCGACGCCGAUCACUCUCUCACCCUGAGGUCACACACUAGCAGGAAGUCUCUGAGCUGUAAAUCACUCAGCUGCAACCGGAGUUCAGUGUCCCUCAAUACCCUCACUGCAGAGUCGGACACACACUCAGUCCACGAAACACUCCGCAGACACACACCUGGAGCCUUCAGCAGCACCAUUGAGUGUGCUGUUGUUCCAGACCCUCAGCUUCAGGCCAAGCUGAACACCCUGUCUUCACCCACGAGUUCCCCUCUCCGACAGGAAGCUGCUGAAAUCUCUCACAUACUGGACUUCUUUCUUGCCCUCACUGUCUGCAACACUGUCGUAGUUUCCUCACCCACUCAGCCAAGACAUGUGGUUCAGAUGCCCAUGCUUCGCACCCCCCUGCGCUCUCUAGAGGAGAUGAAGGCCAUGUUUCAGAAGCUGAGUCUGCCUCGCUUUCCCUCAUCACCUAAUCGAAACACAGACACUCUUCCCAGCCGAACCAAGAAACUCUUCACCCGGGGUCGUUCGGCUUCCUACUUCCCUAACAGCAGCCCACAGACACCCGUCACAAACCUACAAUCACCCACCAUUCCCUCUGGCACCCCUUCAGAUACCCCACCCACUCCCGUCACUCCAGCGCUGUCCAGUGGGGCGUGGAGCGAGGACAUGGACGACAAACAAAAGGCAAAAGAUAACUCUGCUGAGGAGUCAGAGAGUGAUGAUGGAGAUAAGGCAGAAGAGUUGCUGUACGAGGCGGAGAGCCCGGAUGAGGCGGCGUUGGUGCAAGCAGCAAAGGCCUAUGGGUGUACUCUGCUGGGCCGGUCCCCAGAGCAAGUCCUUGUGGCUGUUCCAGGCAUUGGGCCGCUGUCCAUCCCUCUGCUUCACGUACUGCCGUUUCAUUCUGCCCGCAAGAGGAUGUCUGUGGUGGUGCGCCAUCCCCUCACUGGAGAGGUGGUAGUUUACACAAAAGGAGCUGAUAAUGUCAUUAUGGAGCUGGCUGAAGCAGCUGAAGAUGGUUUCUCUAGGGAGAUCAAUGAACGGACACAGAGACACCUGGACCAGUAUGCAAGAGAUGGACUGCGCACUCUCUGUGUUGCUAAAAAAGUAUUGGAAGAGCAGGAAUACAAAGCCUGGUUGAAGAGACAUGAGUAUGCUGAAACCAGCAUUGAAAACAGAGAAGAGCUUCUGCUUGAAUCUGCCGAGAGACUGGAAACUAAUCUCACAUUAUUGGGGGCGUCGGGUAUAGUAGACCGCCUGCAGGAGGAAGUGCCUGAGACCAUUGAGGCUCUGCAGGAAGCUGGGAUUAAAGUUUGGGUCCUCACAGGGGACAAACAAGAGACAGCUAUUAAUAUUGCUUUUGCUUGCAAACUCCUCAGACCCACAGACCACAUACUGAUGGCCAAUUGUGACAGCAAGGAGACUUGUGAGGCUCGACUUCAGGAGUUACGUCAUGAGAUCAGACAGGUCACAAAGGAAGGCACAUCUGAAGAUGAUAGUCCUGAGAGUGUGUUGGUCAUCGACGGCCGUACGCUGGACUACGCUCUGCAGAAGGAGCUACAGGGGUCAUUCCUGGACCUUACAUGCUGCUGUCGCUCAGUCAUAUGCUGCAGAUCCGCCCCUCUGCAGAAGAGCCAAGUGGUGCGGCUCGUCAGAGACAAGCUGAAGGUCAUGACCCUGGCUAUAGGUGAUGGAGCCAACGAUGUCAGUAUGAUUCAAAUGGCAGAUGUUGGCAUCGGCAUCUCGGGCCAGGAGGGCAUGCAGGCGGUGAUGUCCAGUGACUUUGCUAUCUCUAGAUUUAAGUUCCUGAGAAAGCUCAUUUUGGUUCACGGUCACUGGUGUUAUGCUCGUUUGGCUAACAUGAUCCUCUAUUUCUUCUACAAGAAUGUGAUGUACGUGAACCUUUUGUUCUGGUACCAGUUUUUCUGUGGAUUUUCAGGCAACACAAUGACCAACUCGUGGGUUUUAAUCUUCUUCAACCUACUUUUCACCUCCGUCCCUCCAAUCGUAUAUGGCGUGCUGGACAAAGAUGUGUCUGGCGAGAUACUCCUAAAAGUGCCUGAUCUCUACAAGCAUGGACAAAACUCGCAGGCCUAUCUUCCGUCAACGUUCUGGCUGAACAUUCUUGAUGCUUUUUACCAAAGCCUUGUGUGUUUCUUCAUCCCUUACUUUGCAUAUGCAGGGUCUGAUAUUGGGGUAUUUUCCUUUGGCUCUCCAAUCAAUGGCUCCGCCCUCCUCAUCAUCCUCCUGCAUCAGCUCAUAGAGAGUCGCACAGUGACAUGGAUACAUGCUGCAUUGCUGCUCUUCAGUGCCUUGUUUUAUUAUGCUUUUAUCCUGUUGUUGAGCAUUACAUGUGUGUCGUGCAGUUCUCCCACAAACCCCUAUGGCAUUGAGACAAAAAUGAUGUCUGAGCCACUCUACUAUUUAGUAUGUGGAUUUACCACAGUCCUGGCCCUGCUGCCAAGGAUCCUGUUUCGUGCCUUCUGUAACACUAUCUGUCCAUCUGACCUGGUGAGAGCACAGAAAAUAGAGAGACUCUCAGCACAAGACUAUUCCAUGAGUUUACGGCAGUGGAAGGAGAACAAAGCUGCUCGAAGAUCGAAGACUGUCCUCCAGACACGUCCCUCAGAAACUCAGUGUGAAUGCUGACAUGCCCCAUUUAACAGAUCGUAUGGCUGAAGCAGGCACUGUUCUUUCAUGACCAAUUAGAGAGUUGCCUUCGAUCAUAUAAACAUGGAAAUUAGUAGUGACUUCAAAAUCCUUGUACUUCAAUGAUUGGCAGAUGCUCUGACCAGUCAGAAGCCAGAUCUGUCUUUUUUCUGCCCAAUAAGUGUUUUUGCAGUGAUGUACUGUACCUGGGCUCCACGUGGAGCUUACAGAUGAACUUCAUCGCAAACUCAUUCCAGUCCAGUGAUCGCCGAAUAUACUGUCUGGCUUCUGUAUACAAAAGAUAUUUAGAGAAUUGUUUACAUGCCACAAGGCUGAGCCUGUGACAUUUUUAAUUACAAAUGCACUCCAGCAUUAUGCAAGGGAUUAUUGUGCAGCAUUAUUGUGGGAUAGUGUAUAACAAGAUAAGAUGGCUACUUUGCUACUACUUUAAUGCAAUACUGCAAAGACCAUAAGAAAAUGAGCUUGCACACUUCCCUUAACACUGAUAUAUGCGUAAAUCACAAAUUCCCAUAUUCAUGUUUCAGUCAUGCGAAAUGCAAAUGACGAUCUCACUGGUUGAGACUAUAGGUGAUUAUAUGAUUUUUCUUUCCUUGUUAUCUCUUAUUAGGAGAAGUAUGACUGUGUCUGUUUGAUAUCUGAUCAUGGGGAACUGUAAUAUCAUGAGAACUUUACAAUAAGUGAACUUUCCUUGUUUAAGAAUAAAAUUAGGUGAACGUUAAUAGGAGCUAAUGUAUUUGUGACCCAAGGGCCUUUAUGUCAAUUUGUGUGUUCAAUCUGAAAGUGAACAUGCCGACACCAUGCAUUACACAUAGACAAGUUCAGUAUUUUGUGAUAAAUGCUAGAUUGCUUUUUAUACUUAACUGCAAUUUAUUUUUUAUUGCAAAAGUGAAUGCUUGAAUUUUGGAAAUGUGAAAUUAUAAUCCAGAAUGAUCAUCUAAGAUGAUUUCCAGUUAUUGACAUUAUUUUACAUUAUUUGAGCCAUUUGUAGUAUUUGUAAAAUUUGCAAUAAAACACUGAAAACUUGA